UUACGUAACACCACGGUGGCUGAGGCAGUUCCGCUGGCUGUGUGUACGCGGCGGGCGGCUCCCGGUGCGGCGCGCUCGGCUCUCGUGGCGCCCGCGACCCCGGCCCCCGCCUCAGCUGCAACCCGGCCGCCGCUUGAACAUGGACUCCGCAGGCCAAGAUAUCAACCUGAAUUCUCCUAACAAAGGUCUGCUGUCCGACUCCAUGACAGAUGUCCCUGUCGACACGGCGGUGGCUGCCCAGACUCCUGCUGUGGAGGGUCUGUCGGAGGCUGAGGAGGAGGAGCUCAGAGCUGAGCUCGCAAAGGUGGAAGAAGAAAUUGUCACUCUGCGCCAGGUUCUGGCAGCAAAGGAGAGACAUUGUGGAGAGCUGAAAAGGAAGCUGGGCCUCUCUGCCUUGGAGGGCCUGAAGCAGAACCUGUCCAGGAGCUGGCAUGAUGUGCAGGUCUCUAACGCCUAUAUGAAAACUUCUGAGAAACUUGGAGAGUGGAAUGAGAAAGUGACCCAGUCGGACCUCUACAAGAAGACUCAGGAGACUCUCUCGCAGGCGGGACAGAAGACUUCAGCUGCCCUGUCUACCAUGGGCUCUGCCAUCAGCAGGAAGCUAGGAGACAUGAGGGCUCGUCCGUUCUCGCACUCCUUUAGCAGCUACUCCAUCCGCCACUCGAUAAGCAUGCCGGCCAUGAGGAACUCUGCAACCUUCAAGUCAUUUGAAGAUCGAGUUGGGACCAUAAAGUCUAAGGUUGUGGGUGGCAGAGAGAAUGGCAGUGACAACCUUCCCUCCCCGACUGGGAGUGGCGACAAGCCCCUGCCUGAUCACACGCCUUUCUAAGCCCGUAGCAGCUUCGCCCGGCCAUGGAACACAUGCAAGUACCCUCUCAUCGCCACAACUGCACCUCUGCGCAGCGGAGCAGCCGGCCGGGCCGCUGGUGAGCGCAAAGAGCUGGUUUUGAGGACAGUCCUGCCAUCCACACGUAGACGUGGCCGCUGCACUCACAUGAGUUAGAGAACACAGUCUUGUACACAGAUGCUUCACACUAAAGUUGGUAGAUGCAGCAGGUCACUGUGUGUCCUUCCCAGGGUGCGGGAAGUGGACAGGGUGGCAGGUCCCACGGCAUCUUGAGCCAAAGCCCAAGUUCUCUUUGGGAACCUGUUAGUUCAUCAGAAUGUUGAAAGAAUGGGAAGAGCGAUAAGUAUAAAAUAAGUGGUAUUUCCUAACUCUUUCCCUAAGUCACAGAGGGAAGAGUCAUCCAGAAAGCCCUAUCUAAUCUGCAGUUUUUAUUUCAAGAUGCUAAACGAGAAAACUGUCCAUUUUCUGAAACCCUCCAGAAAAGAAACUGAUUAUCAGCAGCUGCCUGAUUGUUACACUAAUGAUCUAGCUUUAACAAAAGCAAAUUCUUUAUUUUUUAAAUGCAGUGGAUUUUUCAAAAAUUAAAACUAAGCAAAGCAGCUUUAGUGUCAUAGUUAGAAAAUAUUAUUUCUUUGGACUCAAGCUGAAAUACAAGCCUUACAUCGCCUUAUGCUUUAUUGGUUUAUAAUGUUUUUAUAUAUAAAAAUGAGGGUUCUUUAGGGGUUUUGAGCACUAUGUAGAAUUCUGCAUCUAGCCCAAGUGGCAGCAUGCCUGUCCCAGUGGUGUGUUUUAUUUCACUGACACACUAUCCCAGUAUAUAUUGCUUCUCUCUCCUCUCAACAACUGUGGCAACUUCCACUGGCCAAAGAGCUCCUGGGCCUCUGGGGUUGGGGGUGGGGGACAGGAGAAAGAAAAGCAGCACCUUCCACAGUGCUGCUGAGGUGCCCUUGUGCAGGCCAGGUCCUGCGGCACGUUACUGCUCAGCACCUCCAGCCGGGGACAAGCCAGCACCAGACGGACCCUACAGGGCAGGUCGGGGCUGGGGCACCGAGGUCUGCUGGAACUCUGCUGUCCCCUUUUCUCAGGAGCCACAAAGAUCUCUUUCCCAUUUUGAAGCUGCCAUGCCCCAGCAACCUCUCACCCAGGGCCCCACAUGUCCGGUGUGUCUGGAGGGGCAGCUCCGUGCCUUACUGGCUCUUAGCAGGCAGAGGCCUUGCCUGCACGUGCAUCUGCACCCCCUGUGGGUAUCUGCUCUGGGAGACGGCAGUGAAUUCUCUGGUGCUGAGUGUGUGCUGGUCACUUCAGACCCCCCCCCCCCCCCCCCAGAGGACUGCGGGCCAUGCUUGUGCCAGGGGAAGAGCACUCAGCGUUCUUUCUCUGGGGUAGAGUCUCUCAGUUGGGGUGUCAGGAGAAGGCAAGGUGCACGGGUAGUAACUGAUUUAUCUUUUCCUUAAAGUAAAUAAUGGGUAAUUUGUCAAUAAAGCAUUCCUUUAUUAUGGGAAAAAUCCA